CAGCAGGGCCUGUGUGGAGGCCCCACACUUCUGCUCUCACGUGCUGUCUGUGGUUUCAGCUGGAGAAGGCGCGUAAAGAGAAGCGGAUGUCCUCGCCGCUGCCGGGCUCCCCUCUGCGGCGAGCGGAGUCUCCCGCUGUCCCCGCCAAGCGCCCUUCCUCCCCCGCCACGCCCAAGCUGCCGCAGAAGACCCGGGCCCAGUCUCCGUCCACCGCCCGGCCGUACCCCCCCUCCCCGAUGAAGCCCCGGGCGCCGGGCGGCGGCCCCGACAUCGCCAGGAAGAGGGGAGACCCCGAGAGGGGGCAGCCGGAGCCGCUGCGUGCCGAGGCUCAGGAGAAGAAGCUGCCGAAGUCCGCCAGCAGCGAGCUGAGCAACAGGGAGGGAGGAGAGAGGAGCGCAGAGCCGUCCCCCGUGACGCCCACGGGCAAGCCCAUCGCCGGCACCACGGACGCAGAGGAGGCGUCGCGGCUGCUGGCGGAGAGGAGGCGCCAGGCCCGGCUGCAGCGCGAGCUGGAGGAGCGGCAGCAGCGGGAGCAGGAGGAGGCCGAGAGGGUGAGGGCGGAGGAGGAGCGCAGGAAGGUGGCGGAGGAGCGGGCGCGGCAGGAAGAGGAGGCCCGCCGGGCCGAGGAGGAGAGGCUGAGGGAGGAAGAGGAGCAGAGGCUGAGGGAGGAGGCCGAGAGGCAGCAGAGAGAGAGGCAGGCCAGGGAGCUGCAGGCCCGGCUGGACAGAGAGAGAGAGGAGGCGGAGGCCAGGGCCCAGCAGGAAGCAGAGAGGCUGCGCCAGGAGAGAGAGCUGCAGCAGCUGCAGAUGGAACAGGAGCGACUGCAGAGGAAGAAGAGGAUUGAAGAGAUCAUGAAGAGGACAAGGAAGAGCGACACUUUUGAGUCAAAGAAAGAAGAGGUGAAGCUGGAGACUCGGACAGCUGUGAGCUUCCUCAGGCCUGUCCAGUCCGCUCUGCUGGAGUCGAGAGUGAUUGGACGUGGCAUAGCCCCCCCUCCCCCCGCUGCCUCCGAGGUGCCGGGAGCCCCCCUCAUCAGCCUGGAGCCCCUAGAGGUGAAGAGCGGGAGUGCAGACGAGUCUGCGGACGAGGUGCAGCCCAUGGACGUCAGCCCUGUUUCCAAAGAGGAGCUCAUCUCCAUCCCCGAGUUCUCUCCCCUUAACGAGAGGCAUCCCAACGAGAUGAGCAACGCCAAGGCUCUGGAGGACCUGCUGGACCUGACCGGCCACGUGGCUUACCCUCCGCUGACCAGCCCCUCUGCCGCCCUGGGCGACUGCAACAAGAACCUGAUCGAGGGCUUCUGCAGCUCCAGCCCCGACACACAGCUGAUCGAGUCCUUAGCACAGGCCGUAGACAAAGCCAAUAUCCAGUAGCCAGCGCUCCGCUGACGGCGCUGUGAGCCCACCUGCUGCGCCGCUGUGCUGUCUUCUCCCAGGAGAGCCCCGCCUGCCGGAGGCAGGAACGUCCUUUUCCGUUUUCCUCCAAAACCCUCCCUCGUCAAAAGAGAGCACUGGAACAGACACCCUCAAUCCGCUUCUUCACAGCUGAAGACAGGGAUGACGGGACUCAGAAAUGAAGACCUUUUUUAUUUUUGUAUUCUGAUUUAUUUAUUUCAGGGAACAUCAAGAAAUCCCCCUGCUGUGACUGGCAGAUGUCCUGUAUUGAAAACUGCCUGGAUUCUUGUGUUUUUUUAUGAUUGUUUUAGCAUCCCUUGAGGAAUUUAUAAGACAGGAAACAAGUCUCCCCAAAGUAACUGGUAGUGAGUUGUAUAACUGUGUGUUAUUCUGGACAUCUGUUCUAGAGAAACUGUGCAGUGUGUGUAGACUUAACUGUGAGCGUGCAAAGCUGAGUUGUUUUAAUGUAGAGUGACUAUGAUCCAGAUAUCUAAAAUGAUACUAAUGAUUCAGCAGUCCCAUGAAAGCUAGUCUGAUCACCCGUGGGAGAGGAACAGUAAUUCCUGCAUAUUAACAUGAGACAAUCGAUGACCUUUACUGUCUGUGCAUGGGCUUGAAGCACCUGCCCAGAGCCAUCUCUGUACGAAUUCACCACGCCUGUCACGAUGCCCAGUUUUAAAAACAAAACUAUCAUAAAACCGAUUGAAAGAGCCCCAAAAAAAGCAAACACUGUUCCGUUAAUUCCUCCUUUUUUUCCCCACUCUGUAUUAAAAAAGAAAAGGCACUGAAUGAGUCGAGGGGCCUUUUUGCUGCCCUGCUCUUCGAUUCAGUUCUGCACAUCGCCCCCUACCUUCACUGCAAGCGCAGCGGCGGAGUCGGGGCUGACUGAAGCUGGGGGGCAGCAGGCGGACGCUGAAGGAGAAAGUGCUCCGUUGCUACAAAACGCUUUGCCCGUAGUGGUAUCUGGAGAGAGACGCUGCUUCCUAGGAAGAUGGUGGAGCUCACUGUGUGCAGCAGUUAUGCCAUCCUUAGACAUCCAGCCCUGCAUUCUACCUGUUGCUUUGCUUUGAUCAGUCCAGACGUGCAGCAUGUGUGCCAUAUACUGUAUUUCCAUUCAAAUGAAUCUACUAUUUUUCUAAGGUAUUUAACUCUUACGUUCAGCACCUCUGUGUGGCAGCAGGGGAUUCUCAGUGUUGGCUGUUCAGUGUACAAUGCUUUCUCCCUCUGCGAUUUUCACAGGUAGCGCAAAAAACAAAAUCCACAAGGCCCAUAUGAAGGCAGACGAGUGUUACCUUAGCUUCUGAAACUAACGAGUAGGUACUGUAGAUCCCUUGUAUAGUAUGAACCCUUGGUGUGUGUGUGUGACCAUCUGCACAUGUUUUUUUUUUCCAUAAUAUGUUUUGACAAAAAUGUCUUUGUAGAAAAAUAUUUACUUGAAGAGCGACAAGCCAUUGGGGGUCUUCCGAACCUGGCCUCAUCCACAGGAGAAGGUCUAGUGAAAGAGCUGAUUUCUGAAUAUUAUCCUGUAUGCCGUCCUGUAUCUGAAAAACGCGCCGCGCCGCGAUUAUUUUGUUAAGACUGUAUUUACUGUAGACCUGGUGCAUGAAAACCAUCGGCAUGUGCAGAAAAUAAACUAUCCUCAUUCCGA